GUCAUUAGGAGUAUUACACCUGAAGAAUUUUAACAUAAAACAAUCAUGAAGCUCUUAGUCUUUACUGUAGUAGUCAUUGUACUAUUCUCAUUUUCACCUUCCAGAAAAGCUAAUCCUUGUGUCUGGGAUACAAUGCCAUCAAGGUUUAUGACUCCUGAUGAUUCCCCGGACCCUGUAAUAUGUAGCAUGUGUACAGCGCAUCAAGUAUGCCUUUCAGAAGAAAAGCGUGAAUGGAAGUGCACAAGUUUUGGGUAUGCAGGAUGUGCUUGGGCAUCAGAUUGGAACUCUUCAGAGCGGAAAAUAAAGUGCAACAAGCCAAAUACUCACGUCUUUUACAAGAAUGGAGGAUAUACUUUUGAUUAUGACAAUAGAAAUUCACAAAUUAAUCUGUGGGGUUAAAUUGUGUAUUUAAAGCAAAAUUUACCUUAAAAAGCUAUACACGGAAUAACGUCAAUAGAUAAUCGUUUUCUCAGAUGAUUUUAUGUAUUUUAAUCCAAAAACUUUGUAUGAACUCACUUUUUAAUAAAAAUAUUUCAUGUAUACACUAAAAUUUAAAAAAAUAUAUUUUCUGUAUGACCUAAACUGAAAACUAAAUAAAUUUAGUAUGAUUUCAAAAUUUGUUAGAAACUGAUUUUCAAAUUUCAUUAGUAAACGUAGCAACAAAACUGCAGCAAAAUAAAAACUAUACAAGAAUCAAACUUUUGAAAGUAAUGUUAAGAAACCGACAGCAAUCGAUUAUAAAAAAAAAACAACCUACAAUAUUUGACAUAAAAAUCAAAUUAAUAAUUAAAAGUUGAAUAAAAGUUUAUAUGUAAUAAA